UCCAGUACACUUGCUUUCAAGUUAUAUGUUGAGUACCUCCUUGAGCGCCGGAAAGGUGAUUUUGUUUUGGGAGAGCACUACCACAACACACAAACCCUUGGCAAGAGUCGGAAACAUGCCGGCCGCAGCUCAACUGACUCCUUGCACCGCAAGCUCCAUUAUCUUUCCUUUGUCAACAGAAAGCGCGCCGAUGUCAAACUCGCAAAAUCUUUACAUGCAAAAUUUGGGCCAGAUCCGGUCCUUAUUCUUGAUAAUUGGGCCCCAGGCAUGGCCCGUUACCAUGAGCCAAUUCGUGGCAAGGGGGUGCGGGAGAUGCUAAUAGGCCAGCGAUUCAUUGUUUACUUGAUCGACGAGUAU